UGUACCAGCUGAAAAUAUACAACAAAAUACUGUUGAAAUAAUUAAACAAGAAAUAAACAGCAAUCAAAAUUAUACAAAUGCUCGAUUUCGUGCACCACUUGCCAAUUAUUUACUACAUUUGGUUUCACCUCAAGUAGCUACAGCUCAUUUUCAACUUGUUUUACCAUGUGAUCAUCGUUUUGGUUCAAUUCUUCUUGAAAAUUCAUAUUAUGGUUUAAGAAAACCACCAGAUCAAUCUCGUUCAUCAUUGUUGUAUGUUACUGAUUUAUAUAUUAUGGGUAAAGCACGUGUUUUAGAAACAUUUGUAUUAUUUCAUUAG